UGCGCUGAUAACGAAGAUAUACGAGGAUUCUUUACUGCAUUUUGCGCUAAUCAUGUGACAUCUAACGGCGGAAUUUAUUCUUCUUGCACAUACGGUCCUGGUCUGCUUCCAUUUGCUAUCCACAACCAAGAGCACAUUACGUUUAAAUUUAUUAAAAACAGUAUUUUGUAAGAAGUAUCAUAAAUAUGGCGCACACCGUAAAACUAGUUGCGACGAGCUGUAAUUUGUUGAAAAAUACUUGCAAUCCCGUAUCGAUGGUUGUGAGAUUGUCUAGUUCAUGGUGGUCUCAUGUGGAAAUGGGACCACCAGAUGCUAUUCUAGGAAUUACAGAGGCAUUUAAGAAAGAUCAGAAUUCAAAAAAGAUCAAUUUAGGUGCAGGUGCUUACAGAGAUGAUAAUGGUAAACCAUAUGUUCUUCCCAGUGUUCGUAAGGCAGAAGAGAAGAUUCAUAUCAAAGAAAUGGAUAAGGAAUAUUCUGCAAUCUCUGGCAAUUCUGAGUUUUGCCAGCACAGUAUUAAUCUGGCUCUUGGAGAUGGAAAUGAAGUUGUUGCAAGUGGACUGAAUGCAACAGUUCAAGGAAUCUCUGGAACUGGUUCCCUGUUUGUGGGCGCACAAUUUCUAUCGCGUUAUUUUCCUGGAAACAAGGAAAUUUAUUUACCUACUCCAUCAUGGGGAAAUCAUAGCCCUCUAUUCAGACUUGCUGGACUUACGGUCAAAUCUUAUCGUUAUUACGAUCCUAACACUUGCGGCUUGGAUUUCAAGGGAGUAGUAGAAGACAUAUCUAAUAUUCCUGAGAGAUCUAUUAUUCUCUUGCAUGCAUGUGCUCACAAUCCAACUGGUGUUGAUCCCAAACCAGAACAAUGGGCAGAGUUAUCUACUUUGAUCAAAAAAAAGAAUCUAUUUCCAUUCUUUGAUAUGGCCUAUCAAGGUUUUGCCUCAGGGGAUCUUACGAGAGAUGCUUCUGCAGUUAGAUUAUUUACUAAGGAAGGUCAUAGGAUCGCCUUAGCUCAAUCCUAUGCCAAAAAUAUGGGCUUGUACGGUGAACGUGUUGGAGCAUUCUCAUUGAUAACAUCUAGUAAAGAAGAGGCUGCUCGGACUCUAUCGCAAAUAAAAAUUCUGAUCAGGCCGAUGUACUCUAAUCCGCCGAUCAAUGGAGCUCGCAUAGUCACCGAGAUUCUUGGCAAUCCAGAGCUGCGAAAGGAAUGGCUGCAUGAUGUGAAAGGCAUGGCUGAUCGUAUUAUCUCAGUUCGUACAAAGUUGCGGGAUAAUUUGAAAAAGAAUGGCAGCACUCGUAACUGGUCCCACAUUACCGAUCAGAUUGGAAUGUUCUGUUACACUGGAUUAAAGCCAAAUGAGGUGGAAAAACUAACGAAAGAUUUCAGCAUUUAUUUGACUAAGGACGGCCGAAUCUCCAUCGCCGGUGUAACAUCGAAGAAUGUGGAGUAUCUGGCACACGCAAUGCAUGAAGUUACAAAGUAAAGAAAACAAUGGAUCUAGAACAGAAAGUUACGAAGUAA